AAAACGUGCAAACAUUAAUCACAAUUCUAUCAACGUCAACAUGACAGUCAUAAUAUUUUUAUAAAAGAAAAUUACAUAUUAGAAUAAACUUUGCCAUUUAUGACUUGCGAAAUAUAAUAUUUUAUUAGAAUCCGGAUGAAUGUUGAUUAUUGCAGUUCAAGUAUAAGCAGCUUACGUGUCGCCUACACGAAUCUGAUUGCCUCAGCGGAAGGGUGCAUCGAAGAAGCCUUUGAAACGCAUACUUUACGUCUAAUCGAAUUAGCCCCGUCGUGUGCGCUGGGCCUGGUUCCUCACGCUAGCGACCAUUAAAACGCGAACGUUCGCGACGGUGCAUGUCGCUGAAAUUGUUGCCGCGAUCGAAUCCUCCACAUAAUUGAAAUCGCGCGAGGAUCAUGGAGGUGCUGAUAGAUUGCUACUUCGACAGGUUGUUCUCGGAGAUGGAGCGCAGCUGCCUCGCCUCACGAUACAAACGUCGCGAGCUGGUCAAUUAUUUCAGCGACGUGAUAAACAGUUGUGCGGAAGCGGAGAACCUCGACAAGCAAGACGUGUGCGAGAGGAUCGUCCUGUCGGCGUUGCGCUACCACAACAUCACGAUGAUGGAGAACGGGUCGGUCUGCCUGCUCGGCAAGUUCCACAACGUUCUUUACGUCGCGGCGAAACUCUGUUACGACUGGGAUCUCGGCAACAACGAGAUUGUCGGCCGCCUGUUGAACGACAUAUUCUACUGUGAGAGAACUUUCGAGCGGCUACUGGUCGGCGCGAUCUUUGGCACGCGCGUUACGCACUUCCUGUCCGGCUGGAAGUGCGACUUCGAGGAUCGCCAAGAGAAUAUCCGCGCUCUGGUGUACUUUCUGGAUCACGCGAUCAGCGGCCGGCUCGAGUACCGUUGCGAAUCAUCCCCCAUGAAGCGACGCUUCAUCGAUGUGCCGAUGGAAUCCUAUGGACAAGUAUUACCAUUGCGAGUCGCGGUGCAACACAGCGCGCCCGACAUUCUGCUGAUCAUGCUGCGCUAUGGGGCCUCAAUUGAAUCCGACAUACUGGCACCGUCGCCGAUCGAGAUCAUUCUGACGAAACUGAACGAACUUGAAGCGCAACCAGGUCAGACGGAGGUCGUCUAUCCGGAGCAUCUGAUGACCUGUCUGAGGCUGCUGCUGAGGACAGUCACGACCGUCUGCGUGCGGACGCCCGAGCACAUCGCCGACCGCAGCGGUAUCCUCAGCGUGUCUCUGCAUGAGCAGUAUCCCAAUCUGAUGAAUCGCGAUCUGAUUCCGCCGGAACGCAGCGGAGUGCAUCCUGCGGAACUCAGGCACCUGUGUCGUUGCCAGAUCCGCGAGACUUUGCACGCCAACUGGGCCUUGCCUCACGGCAUCAAGAAGCUGCAGAUCCCUGAAUCCUUGAGGGAUUACCUGGACCUGCUGCGAGACUGACAAGGAAAACUCUUAUUUGCGGAUUUCGUGGUCUAUACGUGAUCGAUAUCCAUCGUUUCUCAGUCUCGACGCGCAGUUCCGUGUGCGGUUUCAUGUGCUGGAAUUCCAUCCUGCGAGACGUAAUCGCGCGUUCGCCCAACUCGCCGCCGGAAUCUAAACUCUUUCAGGAUAUCUGUGUGCCACAUGUAAACUUGGACUCGUAAAUCCUAUCGCCUGUCCUGAGUAAUGGCGAAGUUCGGUGAGAUCUAUGAAAAGUGCAACGGAGCAGAGGCUUUGAUGGAUAUGAAUUUUCUAUCUAGACGUGUCAAACUUUGCUCACGAAUCUUUCAUACGAGGGGAGAAUCCGUACAACGUUGCCUGAGCCAAGUAUAGAGAGGUCUGAGAUUCAAGAUCUAAGAGAAAGAGAGAGAGAGAGAGAGUUCAAAAGGUCGGCGGCGACGGCAUCUCAUAAUGUCGCUGAGUUAAUGAAUCUUGGGAAUUGGAGAAACGCUUUGUCGGGGACGCUUAGUCGCCCAUGAUACGAAUACCAGAGACGUUCGAGAAUAGCGAAAAGUAUGUCGUGAGACGACGUACGCGACACGUAUACGUUCGGGAAACCGACGUCGCGAUCUUUCCGCCACUUUCUUUCAUUGAGGGAAAUGGAAAUAAAGUAGAAACGAUACAGAAAACAUGUUCACCUAAACGAGGGACCAAUUUGAAACCACUACAUCUAUUAUUUUCACGUUUAAUAAAAUAUAAUCUCUCUCUCUCUCUCUCUCUCUCUCUCUAUGUAUUAAUGUUU